GAAGGGUUCCCACGCACAAUCAACGAACCUGAGAGGCAGCGGAUCGCUAGUGGGUCUUUUGGCCUUACAUAUCUGAUACUUGGAAAAUCCUUUUGAAUUUCAACAGGGUCUUCUGUGAAAAGCAUAGAUCGCCCCAUCCUCUGAUGUCGCCAUGGACUAACUUUCAGACUUCAAUGUUGUUAGCCAAGCUCGCCCGACUGACGUCCUACAUCCCUUUUGCCCAGCUCUGGAAGCUUCGUCGGGAGGAUGGGUGAGAAGCAGACGAUUGCACUGGCCUCUUGUGCUUUCUUGCUUGGACUAAGUUUAGUCUUUGUUGCUGCGAGGAUUUAUGUUCGUUGUCGGAUGCUAAGGAAUGCGGGGAAGGAUGAUUUGCUUUGCGUUUUGGCCGCUGCCCUCAGCAUCGUUGAAACAGUCUUUAUGUUCUUUGAGGUCAAGUACGGGUCCGGAAAACGGAGAUCUCAGCUAAGCUCUGUGGAGCUUGAGAAGCAACGAUUCACUGUUUUCAUGAGCAUAAUGCCGUACUUAAUCGGACUUAUGUUUGUCAAAAUGUCCAUCAUCUACCAAAUGCGGCGCUUCUUCUCCUCAUUCUACUCCCCCACCCUCAGCUUUAUAUGCCAUCUCGUUCUUGUCCUCAUCAUUGCUACAACGAUUGCACACCUCUGUGUAUCAAUCCUGCAAUGUCGACCUAUUCAAGGAUUCUGGAGGGGGUCCUUGAACGCCAAAUGUCUAGAUCUCGCGAGGAUCAACUACGCGUACCUCGCGGUUAACGCCUUCACCGACCUGGUGUUACUAGUGCUGCCGAUGCCGACUUUGUAUCGCUUGCGACUGCGGAAAGCGGAAAAGAGGGCUGUCGUGGGGAUUUUUGCCUUGGGAGGAUUUGCGGCUCUCACCUCCAUCCUCCGCAUCCCCUACGUUCUCCUUAUGGACCGAGGUGGCGAUCCCGUCUAUCACGGCUUCGGCAUCUUAGUCUGGACACGCGUCGAACUCGGUGUCUCCAUAAUCUGUGCCUGUCUACCAUGCCUACGCGCUCCACUCGCUCAACGCUUCCCACAUAUUUGGGGCAGCGUGUCCCGCUCUAGCAGCGACUGCUCAGGACCAUCCUUCUUCCGGUCCCGAAAUCGAGAAAGCAUGAAGGGCUUGAGUAGAUUAGACAGCAACCGCAAAAGCUACGCCAACAACGGCCCUGCCACAUACUACGCACGCUUCGACGACGACCUCGAAACCGAAGAUUGUGAAAUGAAGAAAAUUCUCUCUCAACCUAUCGCGCAACCCGAGGACCCAGAACCGGAAAUAGUUAAGCUUACCGCACCACAGCCGUAUCCGUUUAAUCAACUCCAAGCAGAGAUGAAAUCGCGCAGGAGCGAGGAUAACAAUAACGGCCUCAAUUCUCUGGAUCAGAAAAUUACAGUUACGACGGUUACGCAGCAAAGGAUCUCACAUCAUGAACCUGGCAGCGUGAUUCAGAAACCAAGGGGCGUGUUAGCGAGGGCGUGGAGUGAGAGGAAGAAUGAAAGGCAGAAGG